AUGUCGUCACUCACCGCCGCAGGAACCGUCCCAUACCACGAACCGCCAUUCGCCUCCCUCGCCGUCCUGAUCUCGUUCCUCUUGCUCGCCAAUGUCGCGCGAGGCGUCGCGAAUAAGGUCUUCUACGCUGGCUUGCUCGGCGAGAUUGCUGUCGGCGUCAUCUUUGGACCGGUCGCCAAGAUUCUCGACAUCGAGUGGGAGGAGACGUUUAUCGUCGUUGGCUACAUUGGCCUGGUGUUAAUCGUCUUCGAAGGCGGUCUCGCGCUCCAGCCUCGCUCCUUCCUCCCGCAGCUCCCUCUCGCCCUCAUCACGGCCCUCAUCGGAAUCCUCCUCCCUCUCGCGUUCACUUUCGCCCUCUUCAGCGGUUACGGCUACCCGCAGCUGCAAGCCUUUUCGGCUGGCAGCGCUCUGGCGUCCACAUCUCUCGGCACGACUUUCUACGUGCUUCGCGCGUCUGGACCAGAGCUGGGCACGACAGCCGUCGGCGAGAUCCUCAAAGGCGCUGCGCUCAUUGACGACGUCAUUGCACUCGUCCUCCUCUCCGUCAUCCAGUCCCUCGGCACCGACUCAGGCGGCAGUCUCGGCUGGACCAUCGGACGCCCAAUCGUUGCGAGCGUGGCGAUGGCUGUCGUCUCGCCGGUCGUCACAUGGUGGCUUGCCAGGUCACUGUUCCGGUGGCGACGCGUCGAGCACCUGGUUGACCGAGGCGGACAGCUCGCCUUACUUUCCUUAGGCGUCGCGAUCCUCGUAGCUUUCCUGGCCAUCUCCUACUACGCGGGCACGACGAUGCUACUGGGCGCCUUCCUCGCUGGAACGUUCUUGUCGGCGUUGCCUUCGCCAGAGUCGGGUCUGUCGUUCGUCGCUAUCUGGGAGGAACUCCUCAUGCCCGUCCAGGAAUACAUCCUCGCACCUCUCUUCUUCGCCUCGAUCGGCUUCUCAAUUCCCUUCCUCUCGCUCUGGACAGGACGGCGGAUCUGGCGGGGUCUCAUCUACGCACUCCUCAUGGCGCUCGGCAAGCUUCUUGCCGGGCUGCCCAUCCUCCUCGUCGACCUCUUCCGCCGCGGCAACCAGGACUCCGCCUUUCUUGCACGUCCAUCGUCCGAUUUAGUGACGACAACCGGCGUGAUGAGCAACACCGAUGCGGAGAAGGCGCACAAGGCUGAGCGGAUGUCAAUGCGCUCGUUCCGACUCGACACGUCGUCUCGCUUCGUCAGACAGACGCUUACCGCCGCCGCCUUCGUCGGACUUGCACUUGUUGCUCGAGGCGAGAUUGGCAUCCUCGUCCUCCAAGUCGCCUACGCCGCUUCCACCUCGUCCGAGAACGGCACAGAGGUACUGGGCGAAGAAGCGUACCUCGUGGGCAUCUGGGCAGUCGCGGUCUGCACGAUCAUGGGACCGGUGGCGUUCGGAUUGCUUGUCAAGAAGGAAGGCGAGCGGAUCAAGAGCGGGAGGUGGGGGUUGGCGUAG